CCCCAUUCCAGGGACCCAUCCCCAUCACCAGGUCCAUCAGCUCCAUCACAAUGCUCAACGAAAAAGAGAAAACCCCGUACACCGAAGAGACCCCCGUCGCCAUGGGCACGGUUGAGGUUCAACAUGAUCUGCAGGGUGGUCUGAAGCGCCAGCUGAAGCCCCGUCAUAUCCAGAUGAUCGCCCUGGGUGGCGUCAUUGGAACCGGUCUUUUCUUGGGAACUGCCAGCGAUCUCAAGAAUGGAGGCCCUGCAGGUCUACUCAUCGCAUACUGCCUCAUGGCAUCGCUGCUGUACUCUGUCAUGGUCGCGCUCGGAGAGAUGGUCUCGCAGUUCCCCAUCCCCGGUGGCCAGUUCGCUCUGGCCGGUCGUUUCGUCUCCCCCGAGCUAGGGUUCGCCAUGGGGGUGCUCUACGUGUACAACUAUAUCAUCGUGUUACCGGCUGAGAUAUCAGCAGCGGCGGUGCUCAUCACAUACUGGACGCCCGCGGGCCAGGCCGACUCCACCUGCACGACUGGCAUCUGCAACAAUGCCCUGUGGGUCGGUCUGAUGCUUAUCAUUGUGUGGUUGAUCAACGUGGCCGGAACCAAAGUCUUUGGAGAGAUGGAGUUCUGGUUCUGCUCGAUCAAGGUCCUGACCAUCGUCGGCCUGAUCAUCACGGGUGUCAUCAUCACUGCCGGAGGAGGCCCCAACCACGAGGCGAUCGGCUUCCGGUACUGGAACGAAACGGGGGGUUUUGUGCAGUAUUCUGGGAUUGGUGGUGCGAAAGGACGUUUUCUCGGCUUCUUUGCAGUGCUCAUUGACGCCGCUUUUGCCUUCAUCGGAACGGAAAUCACUGCGAUUGCUGCUGCCGAGACUGCCUCUCCUGCAAAGAACGUUCCUCGCGCGAUCAAGAGCGUCUGGAUCAGACUGGCGCUGUUCUAUAUCUGCAGUGCCUUCCUGAUCGGUAUUCUGGUCUCUCCCUCGGACCCCUCUCUUGAUCUCUCCUCCACCGCAGCCAAGAGUCCCUUCGUCAUUGCCAUCAAGAAUGCCGGCAUCUCCGUUCUCCCGUCGAUCAUCAACGCGGCCCUGCUCACGAGUGCCUGGUCUGCCGGCUGCGCCGAUCUGUUUGUCUCCUCGCGCGCGCUGUACGGACUGGCCGCCCGUGGCCAGGCGCCGAAGAUCUUCCUCAAGACGAGAAAGGACGGCUUGCCUUGGGUCUGCGUUCUGUUCUGUGGCUCCUUCUCCCUGCUCUCCUUCAUGGCUGCCAGCAGUGGCAAGGCGGGCACUGUCUUCGGCUACUUCUCUAACAUGACCGCCAUCUGCGGCAUGAUCUCCUGGGCCGGCAUUCUAUGGACGGCCGUCCGGUGGCACAAGGGACUCAAGGUGCAGGGCAUCGAUCGGAAGACGCUGCCGUACCGGGCACCCUUCCAGCCGUAUCUGUCUUACUACGGUAUCUGCGUGUGUGUUGUGGUGAUUAUUUUCGGCGGCUUCACUGCGUUCAUCCACACGUUCGACGUCUCCAGCUUCAUUACCACCUACUUCCCCAUCCUCCUAUUUGUGGUGCUCUUCUUCGGCUACAAGAUCCGGUACAAGACCGGGAUGGUUCCCCUGGAGAAGCAGGACUUCGUGACGGGAUCGUCCACCGUGGAGGUUGCAGAUGAUGUGCCAUCGCAGAGUCUGUGGCAAAAGAUCAAGGCGAAUGUCUGAGAUGUGUCUAUGCUGCAUGGCUUGAAUCCUAUUGAACAUGAAAGAGAGUGUCUUAGUUUAGUUCGUAUAUCAGUACACCACUCUGUUUGAUAAUAACAUAAUCUAUUCUGUUGAAAUUGC